GGUUUCCAUAGUGAUGGGGCCCGGUGAUGGCCGCCUCCCGCUUGUCGCCGCCUGUGUGCUGCUGUGUGGGGCCGGCUGGGCUCUGGAGCCGGGGCCCCCGCUCUGUCCGCAGCGGGACCGCUUCGAGGAGGAGCUGGUGCUGAAGCCGCUGAGCUCCGGGGACCUGGCGGCGGAUUUCCAGUUCCGCACCCGCUGGGAUGUGGAGCUGGGCCCGCGGGACACCAGCGAGAGCAGGGUGUCUCACUACAGGCUCUUUCCAAAGUCACUGGGACAGGUAAUCUCCAAGUUCUCAGUUCGUGAGCUGCACCUGUCCUUCACUCAUGGUUUCUGGAGGAGGUCACGGUGGGGACAACCUUUCCUCCAGGCCCCGCCUGGAGUGGAGCUCUGGGUCUGGUUCCAGUCAUCUGUGUCAGAUGUUGACACCACCUGGAAGGAGCUGACUAAUGCUCUGUCAGGUUUGUUCUGUGCAUCUCUUAACUUCAUUGACUCAACAAACACUGUUACUCCAACAGCUUCUUUCAAACCUCUUGGUGUCAUUAAUGAAACAGAUCAUAAAUUCCUCAGGUAUGCAGCAUUGCCGAGAGAAAUCGUUUGCACUGAAAAUCUUACUCCAUGGAAGAAACUCCUACCCUGUGGUUCAAAGGCGGGAUUGGCAGUACUGCUGAAAGCUGAACGUUUGUUUCACACCAACUACCAUUCGCAAUCUGUCCAUGUCAGACCUAUUUGCAGGAAUGAACUGUGUAUCAGUACCUCCUGGGAGCUGACCCAGAGCCUGUCUGUCGUCUUUGACCUCUAUGCCUCUGGCUCUGGGAAACGAGAGUGGUCACUGUUCAAGAUGUUUUCACGGACCUUGACGGAGGUGUGCCCUUUAGCAUCACAAAGUACAGUUUAUGUGGACGUCACGGACAAUGAUAAGAUUAAUGACACGCAUGAGCUGACACCACCAGCACCCUCGGUGCUUAACACAACAGUGCAUGGGAAAUGGAGAUCCUAUGCUGUGUACAACCUGCUAAAUCCUCAUCUUUACAGCACAUCAUCACACUCCUUAAACAUAGCAUUAAAAUGGAAAUUGUCCAAGCCGUUUGCGAUACCUGAAGUGCCUGUAUUUAAAGCUGAGAGGUAUGUGAGUGGCUUUGGCCUUCAAACAGGUAAAAUCAACACUCUGAUCUACAAUAACCAUCCAUACCGGGCGUUCCCAGUGCUGCUGAUGGAGAUUGUGCCCUGGUACCUUCGACUUUAUAUUCACACACUUACCAUCACCACCAAGGGCAAAGAGAAUAAACCAAGUUAUAUCCAUUACCAGCCGGCCAGAGACCGAGAGUGCCCUCAUCUACUGGAAAUGCUGAUUCAGCUGCCUGCUAAAUCUGUCACCAAGAUUGGCAUCGAGUUUGAGAGAGCACUGUUGAAGUGGACUGAGUACCCCCCUGAUCCCAACCAUGGCUUCUACGUGGGCUCCUCUGUGCUGAGUGCUCUGGUGCCAAGCAGAAUAAACAUGGAAAUGAACACCACUAAACUCACACCUCUUUUCACCAGACUGUUUACAUCCGUUGAUGCCUCAGUUUACUUUGUCAGACUGUAUACUGAGGCCUUGCUGGUGAAUUUGCCCACGCCUGAUUUCAGCAUGCCUUACAAUGUCAUUUGCCUCACCUGUACUGUGGUGGCAGUUGGUUACGGCUCCUUCUACAAUCUCCUCACAAGGACCUUCCAGAUCGUUGAGCCCAGCGGUGGGGUAGCGAAGAAGAUUGCUAAUGUGAUUCGCAGAUUGCGUGGAGUCCCACCCAUCUGAAAUAGUCACAUUAACUAAAACAGGGGCUGGAAAACCACUACCAAACCAGUGGCUGCUCCUGGGCUGGGCAAACUGCCUUUUAACAAUAAUGUCUUUACUGCAGUUUUAACUUUGGAUGAAUUAAGAACUGAUGAUCCUCUCCAGCCCAACGUGAUGUUCCCUGAACUUGCAGACGAGGAUCUGGAAAUCUUUGAUAUGCUGUGCAACCUACUGUAUUAAGCAGGUCGACCUGUUUGUUAUAGAGUGUUGGCAAAGUCUGUUGAAGAUUAGUAGCAUGAGUGAAAUGGACAGAAUUUUGUCUGUGGACUGGGAAAGUAAAAGCCACUGCAAAGUGGUAAAUUGGGACAUGUGGUGUGCUUGCAUUGCUCGGAGUUACCUUAAUCUGGUGUCAUGUAGAAUGGCUUUAAUCUCCUGUAUGUACCAUUUUAACUCUACUAAUUCAUUUUAGGGGUCAGAUUUACAAAUGAAUGUCACUGGUGUGUAAUAAGUUUUGACCCAUCAUUUCCUGGUGUGCACAACCUGGUUUCCCUGUGCUAGCCCCACUCCCCACCACACUGUUUUGUCCUAUUGGUCUCACUCUGAUUUAAAUUAAUGACUGGGCAACCUGACAGCAGAUACCACCAUAGAGUCAAUCACACUGUAACAGAGAGCUCCCUGUCUCGCAACUGAUGAGCUUGAAACAGGCAUGCAAUUCAGAGCAACAGUUAACUUUGAGUCCUUUGUUUAAACAAUGACCUUGAUGACGACGAUGUUUUAAGAUUGGAUUGAAUUUUUUUCACUGACACCAAACUCCUGAAAGGGUUACGAAGCUUAAAUCUCCCAUUUGCUGAGGAGCAUAUGUAGAGCUCAUUUAUGGACCUCCAUUUCACUGUCUGACCUCCAAUUCGAGCAAGGGGAGGCUCCCAUUCCAGAAAAAAACACUGACUUUCAGCUCUGAUCUACACUUCAAUUCCUUCAAUUCCCAAUCUUCCUGCAUCUUGUAACAGACUCCAGACUUCAACUCUGCACUUCUCUAGCUUGAAAUAACCCUGUCUCCAGGCCCAGCAACAAGCUCCUGACCUGCUGGGGAGGAGCUCAUUCUCCAGGUCUAAUUUCUUGUUCCAAGGAAUUCAAUCUCCUCUUUUCUCAUCUCGGGCUCCUUCAAGCUACUAGUUUUCAAACUACAGUGAAGUAAGUUCUGUAAUGGAUGUGAAAUUUUAUCUUUAAAAUAGCUGUUGCUGAGAUCUGACAUGGAUUACAGUUCCCCCAGAACGGCUAUAACAGUGGUAAAACUACUGUCCUCGCUGAAGUUACUGUAAUUUUUAUCAUUCAGUAUCUUUUGUUCUGUGCUGAGUAACUGGAUUUGAGAUGAUUAUCAUGAACAGACAUAUGUCUCCCCAAAUAUACUUUAUGAUGAGUUAAUGCAUAAAUAAAAUUUAUCAGCUCUCUUCCUC